CGCUCGAAAUAACAGUGAGCCACAGGGGCCGAGGGGCGGGCCCUGCCUCCAGCGCCACCGCCAGCCGUGCUCGGUCGGCGAGCCGAGGUCCCGAGCUCUGCGGAUCGACGAUGGGAACCCGCCGCCGACAACCUUACCUACACAUGGUGUACGACCGGAAUCAGCAGUACGGCGACAGCCUGUACCGCAAGACCGUGGACGACUUAUACCUCCGAGAAGGCAUCCUCACCCCGAGGGCCCUCCUGUCAAGCCGACGCUUCGAAGAUACCUACUUCCUGACCCGCUACCCCAGGGUACCGUCCAUGUACCGCCUGAUGAAGCGCUGGGACACCGGCGACGACUUGGCUCUACGCAGGAGCAACUCCCUGUCCUACAUCAGCCACCCGGACUACACCAGAAGCCAGCUAAACCGCGUGCUAUACGCGGACGACAAGGCUGUACGGAGGUUCGGACCCCAGAACAAGGUGCACGUGCACUCGUCCCACGACCGCCACCUGCGCUCAAUCGAGGAUCACCGGGCUCUGAUGGCCGAGCUAGAGAUGCAAGAGGUGCAGGACCGCCUGCGCCGGGAACACCAGCGCCUUUGGUUCCACCCGGAGUCCAUCAAGAGACAGAUCCCGUCCUACUCCGGCGACCCGUUCGCGACCAUCUAUCGCCGCAGGAGACCCUUCAGCUACUUCGACUACAGCUACUGGUUCUAGACCAGACCCGCUAGCAGCCCCGCUUGCCAUGUGCCGCCUCCACUAUUCGUGUUUGCCGUCAGUUGACCUCCCUACCCAAGGAUGUACGCCCCUAGCAGCAGCGUUACUUGAGAGACGUUUCGUUUCAUCUGUGGAUUCAAUGUAGCUUAGAGUAGCCCUCUUCAGAGCAAAAUAAACUUAAAGAUUUUGAACCCCCCACA